AUGGAUCCUCACAUGCCUCCCAACAAUGUGACUGAAUUGAUUCUGCUGGGCCUCACGCAGAAUCCACUCUUGCAGAAAAUACUGUUCGUGGUCUUCCUAUGUGUUUUCCUCUUUACCAUGCUGGCCAAUGUGUUCAUUGUCAUCACCAUCUCUCUCAGCCCCACCCUUUCAGCCCCCAUGUAUUUCUUUCUCACCUACCUGUCCUUUAUAGAUGCCUCCUACACCUGCGUGACCACACCCAAAAUGAUCAUCGACCUGCUCUGGCAGAGGAGAACCAUCUCCUUGGCUGGCUGCCUGACUCAGCUCUUUGUAGAACACUUCCUAGGUGGGUCAGAGAUCAUCCUCCUCAUAGUGAUGGCCUAUGAUCGCUAUGUAGCCAUCUGCAAGCCCCUGCACUACACCACCAUCAUGCGACGGGGCCUCUGCCGGCUCCUGGUGGUGGUCGCCUGGAUUGGUGGGAUUGUUCACGCCACAGUACAAAUUCUCUUCAUGAUCAACUUGCCCUUCUGCGGCCCCAAUACCAUCGAUCACUUUAUGUGCGACCUCUUCCCACUGCUGACGCUGGCCUGCAGAGACACCUACCUGCUUGGCAUGGUGGUGGCGGCCAACAGCGGAGCUAUGUGCCUGCUCAUUCUGUCCAUGUUACUCAUCUCCUACGUGGUCAUUCUGAGAUCCCUGAAAUCUCAUGGCUCCGAAGGGCGACGCAAAGCUCUCUCCACCUGCUGCUCCCAUUUCACGGUAGUUGUACUCUUCUUUGUGCCCUGCAUAUUCACUUACAUGCGCCCUGUGGUCACCUACCCAGUGGACAAAUUGGUCACUGUGCUUUUUGCCAUCUUAACGCCCAUGUUAAAUCCUAUUAUUUAUACAGUGAGGAAUGCAGAGGUGAAACAGGCCAUGAGACGCUUGUUGAAGACCAGGGUGACUUAA